CAUAGGGCUGCACCUGAGCAGGUGCAUGUACGAAAGACAGAACAGAAAGAGACUGAUUAGAGAGGUUAGAGGGACAAAGGGCGUGACCCUCUUAAUCAUUCUUCACUUCCUUUUUUUUUUUUUUUAACAAGACGACUUGGCAACGUCCACCACAUCCGCAGCAGAAGCUGCAACGCCUCCUCGGUGGCGUCCACUUGGACACUCUGCACAUUCGUGACUUCCGUGGAUCUAUUAGCAACUGACAGCCUUAGCUCCCAGUCGCCCAGAGUUGCCAAUGCUGUUAGGAGUCCUCUGGAAAGUCUUUUGCCCCGGAUCGCUUUGAUUGAGAAGGCUGGCUAGUUUCUCCGGAGGUACUUGAGAAAUUCGUGUUCUUCUCUAGUGCUAGUCCAGGUGCAUAGAAAGCCGUGAAGAGAGACGCAGGUGCCUAGGAGAGGGGAAAUGGUGACGGCUCACCUGGAAUAAACCCAGCGAUUUUGAACCUGCAGACUAAGCGCAAACUAGAAACUGAAAGUACACUGCCGAUUGAUCCUACGGAAGUUAUGGAAAUGGCAAAGCACAGAGCUGGGCUGUGGUGUGUGCCGCCCCCUCGGGAUGGAUGAAACAACAGGCGCGGCGAGGGUGAGCAACCAGCCUCAGAUACUGCCCUACCCGGCACCGACUCGCGGGAACUCCGCGGAAGACCAGGGUCCUGGGCGUGAUUAUGGGCGGUGAGAGCUUGCUCCUGCUGCAGUUGCGGUCAUCAUGACUACGCCCGCCUCCCGCAGACCAUGUUCCAUGUUUCUUUUAGGUAUAUCUUUGGAAUUCCUCCUUUGAUCCUUGUUCUGUUGCCAGUGACAUCACCUAAUUGUGAUAUAGAAAAAAUUAAAGGCGGCCAAGUAUAUGAAAAUGUUCUGUUAAUCAGCAUCAAUGAAUUGGGUUUGGCAGAAGACCUUGCACAUUGGCCUUUAGACAGAAUGAUAGAAAUUGGUAGCAAUUGCCUGAAUAAUGAAUCUAACUUUUUUAAAAAACAUUCAUGUGAUGAUAAUAAGGAAGCUGCUUUUCUAGAACGUGCUGCUCGUAAGUUGGAUCAAUUUCACAACAUGAGUAUCUCGGAUCAAGCUCAUAAUACCAGUAUCAAUGAGGAUUUCCAAAACCACUUAAAAAUAGUAUCAAAAGGCACAUUAACUGUGGUGAACUGCCCUGGUAAGGAAGAAAAGAAAUCUUCAAAGGAUCAGAAAAAGAAUAACCGGUGUUUCCUAAAGAAAUUACUACAAAAGAUAAAAACUUGUUGGAACAAAAUUUUGAGGGGAAUUAAAGAAAACUGAAAAAUGUGGAGUGGCAGUAUAGAAAAAAUUAAGCUGUAGUGCAUCCUCCAAGAAUAUAUCCACUUAUACAAUUUUAGGGAGGGAAGAAUACCUCUUAGAAGUUACUGAAUACAUUCAAGCAUAAAAGGAUUACAGCACUUGAAAGACUGAUAUUAUACAAGAAGAUGGACGUAGCAAUGGAAACUGAAUGCUUCACUCAAAGUAUUUCAUAUGCAUGCUGACAUAUUUCAAUCACAUUAAUUCUGCGUUGAUUUUAUAAGAUAAUCUAUGUUAGGUAUCAGUUGCAAAAAUUCUUUUUAAACCUGUUUAAAUAACUCAGGAGAAGAUAUCAAAUCUAGCAAGAGUAUAAAAAAGCUACAAGGAUUCAAAAUCAACACUGCUUUAUACUCAAAAUAAGGUUACACUGCAUUAGUAUGGUAUAUUUAGGAUGGAUAUUGUCAUCUGUGCUGGAGAUGUUUUAGGGUUAAUACUUAUAUAUGAAUAAUGUCCAUGAGAACAAGAAAGCCAUAUACCUUUAACAAGCAGCAACAUAAAGAAGUUCAAGACAAUUAGCAGACAUAACAAGAGAUGUAAUCAAACAUGCGUGUAUAAUACGAGUCCCUUCAAGAAGUGAUAUAUCAAAUAUUUUUGUGUGGAAAUAAAAGAUGAUUGCAACAAAAGUAGAAAUUCACCUCAUCCAAGGAUGCUAUAUGUUAGUAUUGAGUAACUUUUGUCAUUUAUGUAUAAUAAAACUUGUCUAAGUGAGUUUUGAUUAAUGAGUCUGGAAAGUAUAUUUUUAAGAGAAUAAUAUAUGUUGAACUCUUAAUCUGUGGAAUGUAUAUAUUUAACACUAUGUAUAUAAAAUAUUUUCGUAUAGUAAUUAGAAAUACUUUGGAUACCAUUUCUCUAUUGAUAAUAAAUUUUAUAUGUAUUAAUACUGUCAGAUUCAGUGAAUGAAGCAUAACAGGAUUAAAAAUGUUUUAGCUUUUAAUAGGUUCAAUACAGUUCUGAGAAUAUGAUGCUGUUGCCUUUCACCCUUACUCCUUACACAACAGUAUUUGUGAUAACCUACCACUCCUUGUUCUUUCAUAUUCACUGAGUAUAUGACUUUAGUACCUGAUUAUUGAGAAUCAAUGUGGGAUCAGGAUGUCAAAACUACAUAAGGCUGGGAACACUGCUUUCUAAAUUAAAUACGAGUCUUUCAUAAGGAAUUUUGCAUGUACUUG